AUGGCUGGACUCCAACCAAACCCCAAUCCUGGCGUGAAGAAGCCAGCUAGGAGAUGCGGUGAGGUCUGCUUGGAGCUGUUAUGCGUGGAAGCUGUGCGGCUUUUCCAUGAAAAGCAAAGCGGCCCCGCUGCGGCAGCAGCGCUGGAGGCGAUUGGAUUCCGCGUUGGGCAGCAGCUAGCCGAGAGAUAUACCCGUGACAAGCCCCGACUGGGCGAUACGUUGGAGAUUAUCAAGUUCUUGUGCAAGGACUUCUGGCAGGCGCUGUUCAAGAAGCAAGUGGAUAACCUGAAAACUAACCACCGGGGAGUGUAUGUGUUGCAGGACAACGGUUUCCGUUGGUUGCAACGGUUAUCCACACCCGCACCAGGGGCGGGGUUCGGUUCCAGGACAGCUCAACAACCGAGUACGGCAGGGGCUUCCGGACAGAACCCCCCAGCGGCGGCGGCUGUGGCUAGGGAGGAGCCAGUACGGCAGAUGGCCCUCAGCUAUCUGCACCUCCCCUGUGGCGUCGUACGAGGGGCCUUAUGUCACCUGGGGGUCAGCUGUACGGUGGAGGCCGACCCAAAGCAGUUGCCCAGCUGUACCUUCACGGUCCGGAUCCUGGCCUGA